AUGACGAAGGCGACGUCAUCGUUUGGAAAGCGUCGCAAUAAGACGCACACGUUGUGCCGCCGCUGUGGCUCGAAGGCCUACCACCUUCAGAAGUCCACCUGCAGCAAAUGCGGCUAUCCCGUCAAGCGAAAGAGCAAGUAUAACUGGAGUGCCAAGGCUAAAAGACAAAACACCACUGGGACGGGUCGAAUGAGGCUCCGCAGAUUCAGGCAUGGAUUCUGUGAAGGAACAACACCUAAGCCCAAGAGGGCAGCUGUUGCAGCAUCCAGUUCAUCUUAAGGAUUUCAAUGAU